AGGAGGAGCACACAGCCUCCUUAGCGUGUGCAUUUCCUGAUCACACCGCGGUGAUGUGUUGAGUGUUGUCGGCGGGAAGGUGUGUCGGUCACUGCUGUCUCUCAUCCUGUCACCCACCAGUGUGUGUCUGCAUGUGUGUGUGUGUGUGUGUGUGUGUGUGUGUGUGUGUGUGAGAGAGAGGGUGGGUGAGCGAGAGAGAGAGAGAGAGAGAGAAGUUUCCUCUGCUCUCGCUCGUGCACUUCACACGAUGGAACGCCUGUGUCCGCGUACAGCUCUGUUGCGUUCGGAGCCCCGCAGCCUUCAAGACAACUGAGAAUUGAAACAAAAAAAAGUGUCACCAAAUGGCUGAAUUUGGAGAGAACAAUAAGAGCGCCGUAGGUCCACCGGUUGCUGGCUGGAAAGCUGCGUCAGGAGGCGGCGGUAUGAGCCCGGAGACGCCGGUUUCAAACGGAAACUGCACCGUGAAGAGGCUCCAGAAGCAGCCCAGCUGCGAGUCCCCGACGUGGGAGAGCGCGGGUUCGGAUUCAGCCUCCAAAGCGAUCCCUCGACGAAGCAGUCUGAUCAAGGAUGGCUCACGUGCCGGUCGGGAUCGGAAGAAGACGGUGUCCUUCAGCAGCAGCCUGUCAGAGAAGAAGAUCAGCAGUGCUGCAGACUGUAUCCACUCCAUGGUUGAGGGGAUUGAGCUGAAGAAAAUCCGAACCAACUCCCGUGUUUACCAGCGUUACUACCUGCUGGACGCCGGGCUGCAGGCUCUGUGCUGGGAGCCGUCCAAGAAGGAGUCAGACAAAGCCCGCAUAUCUUUGGCUUCCAUACGAGAGGUACGGACCGGCCGCAACACAGAGACGUUCCGCACCAGUGGUGUUUAUGAGCAGAUUUCAGAGGACUGUGCGUUCUCCAUCAUCUAUGGAGAGAUGUAUGAGAGCUUGGACCUGGUGGCCAACUCUGCUGAAGUGGCUAACAUUUGGGUGACUGGCCUGAGGUAUCUGAUGCAGUAUGGGAAACACGCCCUGGACAUGCUGGCCAGCAGUCAGGACAGCCUCCGCCUCGGCUGGCUGGAGCAGCUGUUCUCCUCGGCCGUGGAUUCAGACGAUCUGGAAGAAGACGUGGAAGGGUUACGCUUACAGCUGGCCGUUAAGUUGAUACGGAGCGUGAAUCCUGGUGUGGGCGGUGGCAAAGUGGAGCUCAGGUUUAAAGAGCUUCAAAGAGUCAGGACCAGCAUGAGUGGGCUCACUCUAGAAAAUGAAUCUGGAGCUAAAGAUCCCGGCGAAAACAAAAGACCAAUAGGAAGAAAUGAGCGCGUCACCAAGCAGGAUUUCAUCAAGGUAUUCCAUGACUUUUGCACACGUCCGGAGAUCUACUUCCUGUUGGUGCAGUUCUCAAGCAACAAGGAGUUUCUGGACACCAAAGACCUGAUGAGGUUCCUCGAGGCUGAACAAGGCAUGGCUCAAGUGAGUGAGGAGACCAGCCUGAAGCUCAUCCUCUCCCACGAGCCGUCGGAGGAGGGCCGGCAGCAGGGGUACCUGUCAUUGGACGGCUUCACCAGUUACCUCACCUCAGCAGAGUGCCACCUCUUCGACAGGGAGCACGACGGCGUGUGCCAGGACAUGACCCAGCCUCUGUCCCACUACUACAUCAGCUCCUCCCACAACACUUACCUCAUCGAGGACCAGUUUCGAGGUCCGUCCGACAUCUCCGGCUACAUCCGGGCGCUGAAGAUGGGAUGUCGCUGUGUGGAGGUGGACGUGUGGGACGGCCCCGAUGGAGAGCCUGUGGUCUGUACGGGACACAGCCUCUCCCCGCCUCUGCUCCUGCAUUGUGUGUUGGACGCAAUCGGAAGGUUUGCGUUUGUGGCUUCUCAUUACCCUUUAAUUGUUUGUAUUGAGAACCAUUGUUCUGUCCAACAACAGCAAGUCAUGUGGCAACAUCUGGUGAAGAUACUCGGGGAGAAGUUAUACGCAGAUCCUCCAUACGAAGGGAAGUCAUACCUGCCAUCACCGCAUGCCCUGAGGAAUCGAAUUCUACUAAAGGGUAAAAAGUUGGGGCCUGAUGGGGAGGAUGGGGAGGUGAGUGAGGAGGAUGAAGGGGCAGAGAUGAGUCAAAAGAUAAAAGCGGCCAACAGCGGGGGGGCAGCGCCUGGAGGAAAUGAAAAGGAAAUGUUGCAGAAAAGUGUCACAGCUGUCCCUCCUGUUCCUCUUCCUCCCAAACGUUUCCAACUCUUGAAGGAGCUCUCUGAUCUCGUGACACUUUGCCGCUCCAUCAGCUUCAUUGAUUUCCCCACGUCAUCUAAAAGCCAGAACCCUUGGGAGCUGUGUUCCUUCCACGAGACUCUGGCCGUGCGUCUCGCUGGCGAGAGCCCCGGAGACUUUGUCAAUCACAACAAGCAUUUCCUGUCGAGGGUCUACCCCAACCCCAUGCGUAUUGACUCCAGCAACAUGAACCCUCAGGACCUGUGGAAGUGCGGCUGCCAGAUAGUGUCUAUGAAUUUCCAGACAGCGGGACUGAUGAUGGACCUGAACACGGCGUGGUUCAGGCAGAAUGGGAACUGUGGUUACGUCCUGCGGCCUGCCAUCAUGCGGCAGGAGGUGUCCUAUUUCAGCGCAGACACCAGAGACACGGUGCCUGGUGUGUCUCCGCAGCUGCUCCAUGUCAAGGUGAUAAGCGGCCAGAACCUGCCCAAGCCGAGGGGCUCGGGGGCCAAAGGAGACGUGGUGGACCCCUACGUGUACAUUGAGAUCCACGGCAUCCCGGCCGACUGCACGGAGCGCCGCACCAGGACGGUGACCCAGAACGGAGACAACCCCGUGUUCGAUGAGAGCUUCGAGUUCCAGAUCAACCUGCCGGAGCUCACCAUGGUGCGCUUCGUGGUGCUGGAUGACGACUUCAUAGGGGAUGAGUUUAUAGGGCAGUACACCAUUCCUCUGGAGUGUCUUCAGCCGGGGUACCGACACGUCCCGCUCCAGUCUCUCACGGGGGAGGAGCUUCCCCACGCCAAGCUGUUCGUCCACGUGGCGCUCACCAACCGGAGGGGAGGGGGGAAGCCUCACAAGAGGGGACUGUCGGUGAGGAAGGCCCGCAAAGGGAGGAACUACGCAGCUCUGAGGGACCUGGGGGUCCGGGCUGUGGACGAGGUCUUCAAGAUGGCUUCUCCUCCGCUGAGAGAUGCCACUGACCUGAGGGAAAACAUGCAGAACUCAGUAGCAGUGUUCAGAGAUCUGUGUGGCGUGUCCGUGGCGGCUAACCUCAUGCAGUGUGUCCUCGCUCUGGGCUCCCGGGUUUCAGGGCCAGACGGGGCGCCAUUGCUACUGUUUGACCUCCGGGACCACUACCCCGCACUGGACCCCCAGGGGCCCCUCCCUGACGUGCUUCGCCGGGUCGUCUCCACUUAUGAAAUGAUGCUCCUCUGUCUGCAGAUGGUCCAGGCGAGCAGAGCGGUGAUUGAGCUCUCCGACGGAAUCUACGACCGGAUCCUGCACAUACAGACAAUGGCCAUGGAGUUUCACGAGAAGCUGCAGAGUCUGGCGGAGAAGGAGGGGCUGCGGGGUCGCAAGGUCAGCCGGGCGCUGGAGAGUUUCAGCUGGAACAUCACUAUCCUUAAGGGUCAGGCUGACUUGCUGAAACACGCCAAAGCUGAAGUCCAGGAGAACAUGAAGCAGGUCCACGAUGCUGCGUUGACGGGAAACCUCACCAAGGAGAGCAUCGGAGUGAAAAGAGUCCGCUCCCAAACUCGACGAGGCCAGGAUGAGUAACCCACCACCAGAGCUGGAGGACCCUCGGCAUAGCGAGCAAAUAAAAGAGGACGUGACCAAUUUGCCAUUGUAGCUGCUGUGACAAACCCUUUGCGUGUUGUUAAAAGUUUUUCCAAGGUCUAAGUGUCAGACGUUCACAAAUGCCAUGUGAGAGCAAUAGCAAGUACUGUUUUUGAAAAGAGAAGAACAGAUGAAUGUAAAGAAGUCUUCAAAAUGCAGACGCUGUCCACCCACCUGUCGCAGAAAAACAAUCCGUGGCAUUUCUGAAGAGACGGGAGAGAAGUGACACUGGGGAGAUGAAUGUAGUUAGAUUUGAAGCCAAGGUUAAGUUGUUUGUUCUGCAUAAACCUGUAAAUACACACAUGUCUAUCAAUGUUUUAAAUGUGCAAUGUGUCUUGAAGAGAGAGGAAGACAAAUGUCAUUGUGCUUCAACAAAGCUAGCAAUUCAUAGCAAGGAUUCAAAUCAAGAUGAGGUAAGGUUGAACUGAAACACUGAUUAUAAAAGUGGGAGUAAGCAGGAGUCUGUGGAUGUUUUAGAUAUGUUCACGUUAAAUCUCAAGGACCAGCGCAGCCCCUUUAUUACAUCCUCCAUCUAAUUUCCAUUAAACAUGUGUGGGUCCUCGUCCAAUCACCUUGAGGUCCUUUUUGUUGCCAUGAAAUCCUCCCUUUAACUCUCAAAAUAUUGUUGUCUCGCAUUCAGUAUUUUAUAUUUUUGUAUUUUCCUUGUGCUAAACAAACCACUGUUACCUACCAUAAUGAUCAACAGACGUGUAGGUGUCUGCCUCUAGGGAGCAAAUGCUGUUAUGUUCAAAGUGCUUAUGUUGUGUGCAAAACACUGUACAGUAUUUUACUAUGUAAUUUCAAUCCUUUUGCUGUAAAGAAUAUUUUACAUAAGUUAUUGUUCCUGAAUGAGAACAUUCCAGUUAUGGGUGCAUUAGAUGAGGCUGGCAGAAGGUUUCAGUUCAUGGUUGCCUUCCUUCACAGAAGAUGGAAAUAAACUAGUUUUUAAAUGA